AUGUCCUUUGUUGGAACAGAAAAGGAGGUCGGCCUCAAUUGUGCGCUCGUUUCUAGAUCAUUUUAUGAGGCUACGAACAUCCCUGCCGUCUGGGAGAGUAUUGCAAUUGGAAAGUAUGGAGAAUCUCUCUAUGGUUCUUCCAGUGCGUUGUAUGACUACAACGCUAAGUCAAUGCUGCAAGACGACAACAAGAGAGGUUCCAUUCUUGUUUUAAGCCUUGACGAGGUCUGUUAUUAUAAGCACAGUAGGAGAGAGUAUUACUUUGCAUGCCUUGUACAAGAGCUGCGCUGGGACCGUCAGAACCAGCGAAUGUACGUGUAUCUCGAUGCUCGUGGUGAAGCCGAUUUACGCCACCCCGAUAGCUCUACCAUUCUCAUUGAAGGUGUUCAAGGAGAUAGCCCGCAACCAAUGGAAGGUAGUUGGUCGGGAGUGGUGGAAGAACCCGGGCAUUUUCAAGGCUCGCUUGACUUUCCGGCCGAAGCAUUCGCGCAUGCUGGAGCCUACACGUUUUGCUACGCCAAUUUGUCUCACAGCAACGGAGACUACGACUGUGUCACACUCUUGACUGUACCUGAAGAUUGUAGCUUACGCAAGGCUUUUGUCGGAGCUCGCUACGAGCCGCUCGAUCGGACCGUUCCGGUGAUGAAAAGUGAAGAACACAGUACGCAAGUCUGGCGGCGUUUCGUCGAAAGUCCCGUGUUCGAGCGACAUAUUCAAGGGAAUUCGACAGGACAGCGAUUUCUGAGUUGGCGGCCCCGCAACAAUCGAGUAAUCCUUCAGCGGUGGUGGGUAUAA